AUGGACAAAGACUCAUUCUAUCUGGCCCUCCUUGGCGCCGAACUGUCAGUGCCGAAUUAUAUCAGUCGAUGUAAAGCAAAGCCUGCAAACACUGAUACUUGUAAUCAUGCGGGCAAGGUGGCUAUUGUAACUGGUGGCAGUCUUGGAAUAGGAUUCCAUGUGUCAAAAAGUCUCGUAGCCAGAAGCAUACACGUUUUUAUUGGUGGAAAGUGUAGGAAGACGGGCAAUGAUGCAAUUAAAGCAAUCAGAAAAGACUUUCCAAACGCGAAAGUCGAUUUUAUUCACCUGAAUCUUGGAUCUAUGAAGUCAGUUGACGACUUUGCUGAUGACUUUUUAUCACGGGAUCUACGAUUAAAUAUUUUAAUAAAUAACGCUGGCAUCAUGUUUCCCCCAUAUGAAUUAACGGAAGACGGCUUCGAGAGUCAGUUUCAAGUGAAUUACCUGGGACACUUUCAUUUAACAUCACGAUUGCUUGAAACAUUGGUACAGACAGGAACAGAGAACAGCUGGGCAAGAGUUGUAAAUGUUUCAUCAUAUAUGCACAUCAUAGGGUCGCCAGAUCUUGACAAUCUUGAAAACAGGGCACAAGCGUGGUACCAGUAUUCCAGCCACAAGGCUUAUGCUGACUCCAAGCUUCUGAUAUUGGCGUCCAUGUAUGCACUGAACCGGAAACUGCGGAAGGCGCACUCGUGCGUGUCGGUGUGUGUCCUACAUCCCGGCGUUGUCAGGACGGACCUCUGGAAACACCUAACUUUCAUACAUAAAUACCCUCUGGGACUUAUUGGGAAGUUUUUGUAUCUGACACCAGAGCAGGGAGCGGAUACAACUUUAUACGCCGCCUUGUCCCCAGAAGUGGAAAGUGUUAGUGGGUGUUACUAUGACAAUUCACAACCAUGUCGGUCAGCGAGACUUACUUAUGACGAGGAUUUUCAGGAUUUCGUGUGGGACAAAACCUCAGCUUUAGUUAAAAAUCUUGCAGAAACAAAUAUUGAGUGAACUAAUUUAUUGCAGAUACGUUUGAAAGUAUUUUACAAUCUACAAACAUUUGUUAUAAAUAAAUAAAAUGCAUGUAGCGUUGCCAUAAAUAUUACAAGUCAUUACAUAUAUGCGAAAAUUUAGGCAUUUGUGUAAUAAAAU